AUGGCGCUUCCCGCACCAACCAUCGACCUUCUCCUCAACCUCAUCGACACGCGCCCGCAAUCAAUUCUCUCCUCGCUGGCCCAGCACCCCCAGCUCGCCUCUGCCCGCGACGCCCAUGGCUACUCGCUGGUCCACGCCGCCGCCUCUUACAACCAGCUCCCCGUGCUGCGCCAUCUGGUCCAGAAAUACAAUGCCGACGUGAACAUCCUGGACGAGGACGGUGAAACGCCGCUGUUUGCUGCCGAAAAGGUCGAGGUCGCAAAGUGCCUGGUCGAGGAACUCGGCGCCGACACCACCAUACAGAAUGGCGAGGGGCAGACGGCCGAGCAAAAGAUUGGCGAUGAAGAGGGCGAGGCACAUGAAGUAUAUCAGUACCUGCGAAGCCGCCGGACAGGCCAGCAGCCGGUGCCUGCGGGUCUGGUGGAGGCCGAGGGCGUGCAUCCGCCGCCGCCGCUGCCCGGAGGCGUCCACGUCAACAUGGGCACCAUGGAAGAGGACGCUGCAGAGGCGCCCGAUCCUGAGAUCCGGAAGCGCAUCGAGGAACUCGCCGCAAGAGAAGACUACAAUUCCGACGAGGUCCAGAGCCAGCUGAGGGAGCUGGUCCAGGACGUGGUUAGUGGUAUGGGAGCCGCCGACGAUGCAGCGAGGAGUGUCAGGAGAAGGGUUGACUGAACAUGUGGACGACCAAACUGCCUAUUUGGAUCAAUCACCAGACCAAGACCACCAGGGCGCGACUGUCCCUUACUCGUCCGCGCUUCCAACUUGGUCGAGGGCCUCGCACAAUAACACCUCGGGUCGGCCCAAAGAGACGCCAAGGCCAGGGCGUUUCCCCCCAGCACAUCGGCGAAAAAGCCCUGUGGAUGGGCAGAUUACCACUCGCAACAAACGUGUGUGUUCGUAUCAGUGUGAGCUUGGCCUGGCUUGGACAUGUUCCCACCAAGGUCGGAGACGGGCCAGACUAUCGACUUAGUUCCAAUAUAACACAAACCACAAGGCCCGUUUCAUGAUUCGUAUCCAAUCCCAACUUGUUGACUUUCGUGGAUCCUCCAUGUCCCCGCAUCCCC